CAGAAGUGUGCUCUACCGUUAUCAUGACCGUGUGUCGUAGUUUUGCUCAUUAGCGAGGGAUAUGUAUGUAAGAUGCUUGCACGGCAGCUCCAACAUGAUGACUUUCCAGGUUAACGCAUCUCUGCCUACCGCUAAGGCUUUAAUAUCAGAGGGGAGCUCAAAUUGCAGCCAGCGCGGCCCUGACGCUGCUAGAUAUUCAACGUACAGGAACUUGGGGAUUGGAGCAGGUGGAGGACAAGCGGCUUUCAGGCAAAAUAGUCACACAAGGAGAACAUUACCUGUGAUACAGCCUUCGAGCAGUGAGUAAGCUUGCUCUGUAUACGUGCUACGUUCAUUCAGAUGCAGCUAGCUUAACGAUAUGUCAUGUCGAAUGAAUGCUGAACACCGUUCUUCUGUUACAGAGUCCAGGGAUGGGAAAGCCUUGGUUAGCGGCUUCAUAAUUGCAGGGUGACGUAUCAAUAUUUUUCCAAUAGCUGGAAAAAUAGUAAUAUAUUUAGUAAAUUGUUUCAUCUGUGAACAUGGCACUUUGUAGGCAGCUUUUUUUUGUGCCGUAAUAACGCAGGUAUACCACAUAUACAACCCUAUAUGGACAAAAUCAUCCAUGCAUCCUAUUUCUAAGAGUACCAGCUUGUUCUGGGGGCCAAGCUUCCCAUUUUCAUAUGUCUCAAUUUUGAGUUCUGUUACAGCUUCUUGAUUUGGUAGUGGUACAACAGAAGGCUGUGCGUAAAAUCUGGUAUUCAGUAGCUAGGCGGUUAUAUGUAGAAUAAUUUAACAUAUAUAACAUUGUAAUGGUUUUACACAGGAUAAAAGAUCUAAGAGUAAUAGCCUACAAAAAUUGCAUAGUAUGUGUCAUUGUUUUGGGGGGUAUUCACCCAGAUUCACAUGUGUGCUGGUAUGGCUAAUAGCUAUUCUCUUUUUCUUUUUUGUCCAAUCUGUGUGUAGGUCACCUGACUUGACCAAAGAUGACAAGCUGGAGUCAGAAAACAAGGACCCAGAGGAUAUCUGUGGGAAGCACUUUCUCUUUGAUAAAAAAUGUGCAAGGUUUGAGAGGACCAGAACUGUGAUUCCUCCACUGCCAAGAGACUACCAUGUGCACAGACCUGGCAACCUGCAUCCUUUCAGCCUCUCCAAGGAGCUUUCCCACAGCCAUGCGGGGCGGCCCUUCACCCUGGGCUACCCUGAAAGAUAUGAACUAAACACAAGUCCAGCCAUCCUCUUUCCCUCCACUUUAGUCCUCAGUGGCAGAAACACCUUCUCAGUUCAAAACUGCAAGCUCAGCAGGCCUAAGGUGAACUACCCAACCUACAAUCUACAGACUGUUAAAGACAAUCAGAAGAGCCAGUCCUAUCCAGACCCAGUGGUCGGAGCCUCUCGCUCUUUUAUCCACAGGAUAUCUGAGCUGUCCUCUUUGGAGGCUGAGACAGUGAGACAAGAAAAGCUCAAGAAAAUGAGGAAACCUCGAAAACCUCCAUCCUGACAAUCACCUUCCUCCCAGUCACACGGGUCAAGGAUUAAAACUUUCGAGUCUGUGCCAACAUCAUCAGAACAAAAUAAAACUUUAAGGGCACCGUGUACGUUCCAGUGGCUUGUUCUAACUGCUUGUUUAUCCUCAGUGAUAUUAGUUUCCUGCUUAACAUGGCUGGUCUUCACAUUUUGGGAUUCCUGACCUGAGCUUCUCUCUUUUAGUGACCACUUAGAGUAUUUGCUGUGGUAAAUAAUUUGCCCGACAAGAAAUGCUAAUGAUGAAUAUUAAAUAAGUUAAAUAUUUUCUGUUAUGACUCAGAGCUCUUUGUAGUUUUCCUCUCAACAUCCGCAUAUUUAUUUUACCCUUCUAAUGACUUGUAAUGGCUGUUACGUGAUACUGCCAUAUUUCUUGCUGUGUCAUCAAUAUGCUGCAGAUGCUGUCUGGCUUGGAACUCAUUACAACAGUGUUUCAAACAUUGCGGUUAUGUACCAGUUAAGCUUCGUUGAGCAAGUGGAAUAUCUAUGUACAUAUUAAAUAGUUUAGCGAAACUAUUAUUGUGCCUUGUAAAACGUCUUCCUGAAAUUAAACGAAUUUAUUUUUUCGUA